GCUUUUGUUCUUUGGCCCGUCACCGUCUGAUGCCAACGCAAUUUUACAUUCGUUUGCAUCUGAGGGUCACUUCACAACACUAAUCAUAAUAGAGGCCCUGCUGGCAGGCCCUUGUUCUUCCCACCGACAUCCUGAGCCAUGUCUGAGAUGAACGGCAAUAUUGAUGAUGCCCGAUAUCAGCAUCAUCUUGAGCACCGCGGUAGCGCCAACCAACAUAUCUUUUGGAUCGUUUGGUCGUGCAUAGCUGUCUUCGUACUCAUCAGACUGACCCGAGCAUUGUUGACCUGGUGGAGCAGGCGCGUUUCGCGUGCCCACAAUGUUAUGUCUGUACCGCAUAUUGACAACUCGAUUCGAGCUCGUGCAUGGGAAUUUGUGCGUGCCGUCUUCGUCGCGCCGUUUCCACGGAUACUGGGGCGCGUUCUCUUCGUCCUGCCUUUGGGCAGCAUUAUUGGUCUUGUUAUAUACAUGAUCAUCGUUGUAUCACUGCUCUUGACGGUCGAUGCCCCUACUUCGACACCACAUUUUAUUGACGACGUCGCUUUCAGAGCGGCUUGGGUCACCAUCACGCAGAUCCCCUUGCUCUUCUUCUUAUCAACGAAACGUGGACCCAUCAACAUCCUCGCCAAUGUCUCGUAUGAUCGGAUGGCGUGGUUGCACAAAUGGGCUGGCCGUAUGAUCUUCGUUUCUGCCACCACGCACGUGGCAAUCAUGAAAUCUUCAAUCUCGCUUGCGGAUGUUCUACUGUCGCAAGAUGAAGGUGCGACUGUUGUCCGCUUUGGAAUCGGAUCGUACUGCUUGCUACUCUGGAUCGCAAUUAGUAGCAUUCUACCCGUUCGCAGAUGGAGCUAUCGAGCGUUUUACAUCAACCAUGGCAUCUCAACAUUCAGCUUUUUAAUGAUCGUCAUUCAGCAUGUGCCUAGACAUGCUACGACUCCAAUUUAUCUAGCCUUCGGUUUCGUCUUGCUCGACAAGAUGAUGGUUUCCGUAUCGUUCCUCAAGGUCAAUGUCUCCGUACGUGCUUUGAAACCACGGUUCGCCAGGUUUCGACGAGCUCCAGGGCACGCCAUACUAGUGGCUGGAUAUCCUGUGGAAAUGCUUGAGCCACACAAUUCGAGCGUGUCGUCUGAUACCGAGAACUCGAUGACCGUAGUUCGCCUCCGGAACAUUCCAAUGACGUGGCAACCCGGACAACACAUCAGAUUAUACCUUCCAGCACUGGGCGUAUUUGAGAUGCACCCGUUCACCCCAGCGAAUUGCUCGAAUCUAGCAGUGCCGCCUCCUCUGCCGCCCAGGAGAAGUCACGAUAUCGAGUGUAGAGAACCAAUAGUAGCCGCAUCAUCAAGCCGGACCAGCGACAUUCUCUUAAUGAUACGCGCUCACAAUGGUCUCACUCGACGUCUCAAAGAAUUCCAUACAGAAUGGCUGAAGCUCCCAUGUCCAAAUGCUACCUUAUCGUCUAGUGCUACUUCGCUGACAGCGUAUGUUGACGGUCCAUACGGCAGCCCCCCAGCCUGGGAAGACUACGAAAAUCUAGUGUUGGUGACCACUUCGACUGGGGUUUCGUUCGCACUAUCAAUUAUGGAUUAUUUGGAGCAGCUAUGCCUUUCGAACGCGCCGAGGUUAGCAACUCAAACCAUACACUUCAUCUGGAUAACUCGGCAUAUCGACCCUCAAUUCGAAGCGACUGUUGCCGAAAUGUUGCAGCGAUACAGCACCAUGCUCAAGGACUCUGGCGUGCGAGUAGAAACAGAGCUGUACACCACUUGCGUACAUUCCGAUGUCAACUUUGACACAACCGAGGUCGAUCAAUUUGCACACCUACGCCCUCGGCUUCCACGGUACGGCUCUGGUGACCGCACACUUACCAUUCGUAACCCAGAUGAGAUUUAUGAUGAAUGGGAGGAAGAGGAGCGACAAUGGGCAGAGAUGGAAGCACUCGAAGAAAUGCAGAUGAAAGAUAUCGACCCUUUCGAAGACGCGAAUCAAGUUGAUACGGCCCAUGUUGAUGACGACAACACAGUUGCGCCGUACGACGGUGAGGGCUAUGCCAGUUCGGAGACCAGCACACUGCUCGAUGUAGCAGGAUCCCCACAGAGUUAUCGUCGCAGUAAGAGCUUAUCAGAGGUAUCUUUGACGAUGGACGAAACCGCGGCGUUGAAUCAGGCCCAACCACUUCCAUCGCCUGUUCGAUCUCCUCUUCUGCCGCAUACAAAGAAGCCAGACGAGAAAUUAUGCCAGUGUGCACUCCUGCAGUAUCAACGUCAAAAGCUCCGCAAGUCCAGUUCAUCGUCAUUUGGAAGUACGUCCUAUGGUUCACGCCCAGAUAUCUUACGCAUCGUCACCUCAGCUGUGAAUGAUGACCCGCAUUGCAAGUCAAUGGUUGCAGCAUGUGCCAACAGCGCAGUUUCGAGGCAGGUGAGCAAAGCUGUUUCAAAGGCAAGGUUUGCUUUUGCAAGGGGGCAGAGGCCGACAAAUAUCGACACCUUCACAGAAGGCUUUUGCUAGUGGGACUGGUCCCAAACUUUAAAUUCGAAAGCAAUGCAUCAUGAUAAUCCCGCG